AUAAUGUGCUACGUUAUUAUAACUGGGCGCAGUUUGACAUGGCUUUUGCUAAGUUUAGUUUCUUUCAUGUUAAUAUUAACCGGAAUCAUGACUCCUAAAUGGUUAAUGGGGCAGCCUAUGGUGAUAAAUGAGAAUAAUAUAACAAGUUUCUAUGUUCCAAGUGUCGGAAUAUACAGUCGAUGCAUUCGGACAGUCAGUGAUCCAAAUCACUGUGGUUCUUUCUCGUUCUACGGGCUCAUGACGGACAACUCUGUUUACCCCAGGCCCUGGAAAGCUGCUAUGUUCUUCUUGUCAUUAUGUGCGGCCAUUCAGUUUGCAACGGUACUAGCUGGCGUGCUGGCGUGCUGUGUGCAGUCAGUGUUCAAGAAGAGCGUCAUAUCUCUAGCGGGGGCUGCGCAAGCGUUGGGAGGGCUAUUUGGAGUCCUAGGCCUUCUACUGUACCCCUGGGGCUGGGGCUCCGAUAGGAUGAAGAGGUUCUGCGGAAAAUACUCGGAGCCCUACAUACCUGGAGACUGUUCUCUUGGCUGGGCCCUCUACGUGUCCAUCACUGGUGUGGCCCUGGUCUUCCUCGCCAGUGCGUUGUCAAAAACUGCAGAUAAAGCAGCCAACUCGGACAAGGUUCAAUUCCAAAUGGACGAGGGCAAGCAACUGAUAUGUUUAGCUUGAAACUUAGUUCCUUGAUGUUUUGAUAAGAGAAACCGUGGGGCAGUUAUACUCUGGCUAAUAGAAACUGUAACAGAAAUAGGGGAUAUAUAUAUACACAUGUUAUCACGUCUAUCCCUUGCGGGGUAGGCAGAGCGCGAGCACAGCUCUGACAAGACUGUUAAGUCUUGAAAUGCCACAUUCAGCUGUAUGGCUUAAUGAUGGUAUUAAGAUUCAAAUACUGACAGGUUGCUUGUCCAUCGUCUACAAGAGGAAUCCCAGGAUUAUAAGCCUGUUCCUUAGUCGCCUUUUACGACAUCCUUGGGACAGAUAUCAUAAUGUAAUGUAAUUGGAUAAUUUUGUUGUUUUAGAGUUUACUGCAAACAAUUAUAUUUGCCCAUGCCUUCUGUAUUUACAACAUUUUUGGACGCAGUUUUCAUUAGCCGGACUAUGUUAGCCUAUUAACGACUAUUAAGCUAUUAAAGAAAAAAAUCUUU